AUGUCCCCCGUCGGCGGCGCGCUGUGGGCGGCGGAGUGCACUCUGGUGCCUCUGCGGGAGCGGGUCUCGGAGUCGUCGUCUGAGUGGAUUCGCGAGGCAAUCCCCGUGCAGCAGGACCGCCUGCGCGAGGCCCUCCUGCCCGCGGGCGAGCCCGGCGCCGGCAAGGCGUCCGGCCAGGGCCUGGAUCUUGCCCACAGCGUCUUCCACCCGCGCCACCCCGGCUACGACCACUUCGUCCGGCUGCUCCCGGGGGCGUGCCAG